CUGUGUUUGAAUCUACUGAAAACUUUGGCCCAGCGAUGAAGAGUGACUGGGAUGAAGAAAUCUAAUUUCUUUUUCACACAUUGGAUAUAAGUCAAAGGCAUAUUUUUUGAAGGAUGACCUUGAUGACUGUUUGCGGGCUGAUACUGGUUUACAACCGAUAGUUAGCUUGUUAAAUAUGAGAUAAUGGACGAAGCGUGUUGCAUUAAUGUUGUAUUCGGUGGCCAGAAGUAUUCUGUCCCUUUACCAACAGGUACAGAUGCAACAUUGCAACACUUAAUGAAGGCAAUUGAGAGUGUGGUACACGUUCCCUUCUAUAAACAGAGAUUAAUAUACAAAGGAAGAUCUCUGAUGGAUCCUGAUGCACUGAUAUCUUCAUGUGGUCUCACAGUUGGAUCCAAAGUCAUGGUCCUUGGUUCAGUUGAAACACUUGAUCCGAAUGAAGCUGAAAAGCUUAGCAAAGCUAAAAGUACUUCCGAGUCAAUCAGUUCGGAGUUAGAGAAUCUUUCUGAAAAAUUGCGUAAUAUUAAUGAUUCCAAUGGUUCGGAGGUAACAGUAAACGUUAAAUGUACAGUUGACAUUAUGGAACGUUGUAUGCGCACUCUUGAACUGUUGGAUUCUGUUCGAUUGCCUUAUGAUUGUGAAAACGAACGAACUUGUCGCAAACAACUGGUGGACACAAUACAAGAAUUUCUAGUGCAAGCAGACAAAUUGAGAGGUGAAUUUCUAAAGUUGGCAAAGACUAAAACAACCUAACAAUCAAGACAUCCGGUUUUCACGCUUCCACUCUUUCUUUCUUCACUUGUUUUGUUGAUAUAAAAAUAACAAUAUCAAUUGUGUACAAUAUGUUGUAUUUGUUAUACAUUAAAAAACACCUUUUUAAUUGUAAAAUGGCAUACAAAGUAGACAAUAUGAGAGAAGACACAGUGUGUGAUUAUCUAGUUUCGAUUGAGGAAAGAAUGAAAGAUUUCUAGCUCCUUA